AUGCUCUCUCUCGUCCACAAAGCCUUUUCUUUUUUUGAAGAAGAAGAAGAAGACGACGAAGAAGAAGAAGAAGAAGAAGAAGAAGAAGAAGAAGAAGAAGAAGAAGAAGAAGAAGAAGAAGAAGAAGAAGAAGAAGAAGAAGAAGAAGAAGAAGAAGAAGAAGAAGAAGAAAGAAAGAAGAAGAAGAAGAAGAAGAAAAAGAAGAAAAAGAACAGAGGGUGA